AUGCUUCUUAUUGAAUCUGACUCUGAUGAAGAGCUAGAGAUAAUUGCAAAACUUGCUAUGGAAGAAGAAAAAUCAACAUUACAUAGUCCUUCUAAACGGCGUCGCACAUUCAUCAUGCGUGAUCGCUUGCAAGCUGGAAAAGAUCUUUUUCGCGACUAUUUUGCUGAACAGCCAUUAUAUCCUCACAAAUAUUUUCGAAGGAGGAUGCUUGCAUAUGGUGUUACCGCUGACUUUAUGGAUGAAUACUUGAAGAUUGGAGAGCCCACUGUAUUAGAGAGUUUAAAAAAAUUUGUUAAAGCGGUGAUUUCAAUUUUUUCAGAAGAAUACUUAAGGUCACCCAACAAUCAAGACAUCGCUAGAUUGUUAGCGGAAGGUGAAAAGCGUGGAUUUCCAGGCAUGUUGGGGAGCAUUGAUUGCAUGCACUGGAAAUGGAAGAACUGUCCAACUUUGUGGCAAGGUAUGUAUUCUGGUCAUAUCCACGAACCAACUAUUAUUUUGGAAGCAGUAGCUUCAUAUGAUCUUUGGAUAUGGCAUGCUUUUUUUGGGUUACCUGGGUCUCAUAAUGAUAUAAACGUGCUAGAUAGAUCUUUUUUAUUUUCUGACCUUGCUCAAGGACGUGCUCCUCCUAUUAACUACACAAUUAAUGAUCAUAACUAUACAAUGGGAUAUUACCUCGCUGAUGGCAUAUAUCCACAAUGGGCAACAUUUGUAAAAACAAUUUCAUCUCCCCAAGGGAAUAGGAGAAAACAUUUUGCUGCAGCCCAAGAGUCGGCAAGGAAGGAUGUGGAGCGUGCCUUCGGAGUACUUCAAGCACGAUUUGCAAUAGUGCGUGGGCCUGCACGAUUUUUUUACCCUGAAACGCUCAAAGACAUUAUGAUAGCAUGCGUAAUUUUACAUAAUAUGAUUGUUGAAGAUGAGCGGGAUAACAAUGGAGAAGAAGACUUCGAGUAUGAACAAUUCAACCAACCACUUGAACCAGUGACCUCUGGGCCUACAAAUGACUUUAGGGAGUUCAUUCAAAGUCAUCAUUGUAUUAGAGAUACGGAAACUCACUCUCAACUCCAGUUGGACCUUGUCGAGCACUUAUGGCAACUACAUAGUGAGGCAUAA